CUCAGGAUAGAUUAGGCACCAUUUGCCAUAACUAAAUAGUUACCUCGUACAUCAAGUAGGAAGAAUUUGUUUUAAUUGGUAUCCCACCGCGCUCGGCGGAGAGUUUAGCACUAGCUACUGUUCGUCUUCGGUGUAAACCUUCUCGUAAACGCGAAUGCAACAAAGUGUGUCGUUUAAAUCUGUCGGCUCAUCAAACAGAUGUGGACACACUGCUCGGGAGCUGCCCAGCUGAGGUGAAGGGGAGGGCAUAGGAUCCCAGUGCAGCCGGAGUGUGGAUGACCUGCCCCCCCGCCCCCUCCGUGGAAAACAGGGCCAUGAUCUGAAGAGGGCACAGCACACCGAACCCCCAAACCUCCUCCUUCUCCCCAUUUUAUUUAGUAUUUUUUCUUUUUAUAUUCCUGUUUGAAACCGACGGGCGACAGCCUCCCUGCCCGGCUGCUUCCGACAGAGUCCGCGUCGCACGGAGAGGGCAACCCGGAAAGAGACCCGGCAUUUAAGGAGGAAGACAUAGAGCGGCAGCCCCCCCUCCCCCCCCUCUCCCUUGCCCCUCCCACCGCCACACCAGAAACAUGGGGAGGAAAAAGAUUCAGAUCCAGAGGAUCACUGACGAGCGCAACAGACAGGUGACGUUCACCAAGCGGAAGUUCGGUCUGAUGAAGAAGGCGUACGAGCUGAGCGUCCUGUGCGACUGCGAGAUCGCCCUCAUCAUCUUCAACCACUCCAACAAGCUGUUCCAGUACGCCAGCACCGACAUGGACAAGGUCCUGCUCAAGUACACCGAGUACAACGAGCCGCACGAGAGCCGGACCAACGCCGACAUCAUCGAGACGUUGCGAAAGAAGGGCUUUAACGGCUGCAACAGCCCCGAGCCCGACGGAGACGACUCCAUCGACCAAAGCCCGCUAAACGAAGAGAAGUACCGCAAGACGGAGGACCUGGACAGCCUCUUCAAACGCUACGGCUCCACAGUCCCACAGCCCACCUUCUCCAUGCCGGUCACCGUGCCAGUGUCCAAUCAGAACGCGGCGGCCACCCUCCAGUUCAGCAACAACCCCGGCGGCGCCCUGGUCACCACCACCUCCUAUGUCACCUCCACCCUCACAGACCCCCGCCUCCUGUCGCCACAGCAACCAGCUCUGCAGAGGAACACCGUGUCUCCAGUUCCACAGCGACCAGCCAGCGCAGGAGCUCUGUUAGGAGACAUGGGGAACUCAAAUGGAGCGUGCCCGAGUCCAGUCCCUAAUGGCUACAUCAGUGCCAGGGCCUCCCCGGGCCUGCUCUCCGUCUCCAACGGCAACAGCCUGGGGAAAGUAGUCCCGGCUAAGUCUCCGCCUCCGCACAGCCCUCAGAUGGUCAACAGCCGCAAGCCGGACCUGAGGGUCAUCACCUCGCAGAGCGGCAAGAGCCUCAUGCAGCUGACAGAGGAAGAGCUGGAGUUGGUGAGUGAGAAUGCUCAGCGGCUAGGUGGCUCCCAGGUGGUGCAGUCACUCACCACGCCAGUGGUCUCCGUGGCAACACCCAGUCUCCUGGCGCCCUUCUCUGGCAUGCAGACGGCCUACAACACUGAGUACCAGCUGACGAGCGCAGAUCUCACGGCGCUCCAGACGUUCACACCGCCGGGGCUGGUGCCUGGCAACAUGGCUGCCUGGCAACAGCAACAGCAACCCACAGUCUCCCAGCAACAACAGCAGCAGCAGCAGCAACAGCAACAGCAGCAACAACAGUCCCAGCAGCUGAGCCUGGCGUCGCUCAGUAACUUGGUCAUGUGGGGUGCAGAGAACAGAUGCAGAGAUGGUUACUGCAUCUCCAAUUUUGCUGCUAACCUGAGCUUGGCCUCUCAGUCCAACUUGCUCUUUGGCAGGGAGGACGGCCUCUGCUGGCCGGUGGGUCAUAUACCUCAGGGCGCCGCGCUGACCGUCAACACAAACCCCAACAUCAACAUCAAGUCUGAACCUGUCUCCCCAAACCGCGACCGCAGCACCCCCAGCUCCACCUGCGGCACCGGGGGAGGGGGAGGCGGGGGCGGAGGAGGCCAGGGACAAGGUCUGGUGUCAGUGGCCUACCCUGGUACCCUGCACCUGGAAGCGGGCGGCCAAGGCCGCUCGCCGGUCAACAGCCUCAGCAGCAACGGCAGCUCGUACGAGGGCAGCGACCGGGACGACGGCGCCCAGGGGCGGGGCGGCGGAGUUCCAGACUUCAUCCACCAGGCCGGCGCCGGGGGCCAGCAGCCCACCAUGGUCCUCCUGCGGCCCUCGUCGGCCGAGCCCCAGGAGCAGGACGGGACCAACGUCAAGAGGAUGAGACUGGAUACCUGGGUCACAUGAAGAGACAAGCAGAGAGAGACGGAUGGACGGACGGACAGAUGGAGGAUGGAGAUGGAGAUGUGUACUUGUGGCUUGUGUACAUGCCCCCAUCAGCCCUAAUGCCCCUCAAUCUCCUUCUUCGUGCAUUCACACACAUACACACACAAACACACACACACAAUAUAUAUAUUUAUAGCCGCCGUUGACCCAGUUACCUUCUUUCCAAACAGGAAACGCUGACCUCACACACACAAACACACAGACACACACAGACACAACACGAGCAUGCUAACACACUGUCAUGUCGUCGCACAUGUGGAUACUGACACACUUGUAUGGCAAUGUGCAUACACAUUUGAACUCUAAUGUACUCACACACACACACACACACACACACAAAAA